AUGCGACAAACAAAUACGUGCCCAGAUGCGAUUUAUCUGAUUACAUACCCUCGCACUGGAUCAAACCUUCUACUGAAAAUCCUGAACCUUUCUGAACAACCAGACGUUGCGGCUCAGACCAAGGAAGGUUAUUACUUUCACCCACCAUUGAAAUUGAGACAUGAGUUGGGCAUGUUUGACAGGCCAUUGGCCCUCUGGGAGCAGGACUACUCACGGCUCUUGAGUCAAUGCUUCAAAGACUGCUUUGAAGAAUUAGACGGUCACUUGAAAUUUGCCAAUGCGAUGGGCAAAUCAUUAUUCGUGAAAGAGCAUGCUCCAUGGCUCAUCGAUCCCGCGAUACAGUCGGAAUGGAUCCACGAUUCUCACGACAAGGAUGAGAUCCCUAUGCCAAUCGAGAAUCCAACAAUCCUCCCGAAUGAAUUCCUGCGACAAGUAUCACCGACAUUCCUCAUUCGAAACCCCAUUGCUUCCUUUCCAUCUCAUUAUCGGGCUAUGCGAGACUCCUGGUACGGAUCUGCAGAAACUUUCAAAGAGAGUGGAAACAGUUAUUUGAAAUUCAACAUGACUAUCCGCUGGUCUAGGAUGAUGUACGACUGGUACGACAAACAGAAAUCGUUGUGCCGCGAGCAUGGUACGAACAAGGGGCCAAUCGUGUUAGACGCAGAUGAUAUUAUGACCAAACCCGAAGUUGUGAUCGAAUAUUGUAAUGCUGUUGGCCUCGAUUCUACGAAAGCGAAGUUCAGCUGGAAGCCGUUGAGCAGCGACAAGAUGGACGCCAUGGACCCGGAGUUCCUCAGGAUGAAGGACACGCUCCAUGCAUCCGAUGGGAUUAGACAGGACAAACUUGCGGCGGGUCUUUCGCUCGCAAAAGAAGCUGUCAAAUGGAAAAAAGAAUUCGGUGAAGCUGAAGGGGCAAAGCUUGUCCAGUGGGUGCAGGCUGCUAUGCCUGAUUACGAGUAUAUGUGGGCGAGAAGACUCACUCUGCCCAAUUGA